CUUAAAGAAGACCACAAAAUCUCCGAGACAAAAAAAAAACUAUCAAAACAUUCAAAGAGAGUUCUCAAGCAAACCAUCUCUAAGAAGAUAACAAGAACAUGAAGCAAAAGAUCUUGAUAAGAGUUACCAUGACUGAUGACAAAGCCCGAGCAAAAGCAAUGAAAACUGCAGUUAAGUUUAAAGGUGUGUCGGCCGUGGAAAUAAAGGGAGAUCACAGGAACCAGAUCGAGGUAACCGGUGUUGAAGUCGAUAUGAUCGGUCUAACCAACACACUGAGGAGGAAGGUAGCCUGUGCAGAGCUUGUAAGCGUAAACAAAGUCGAACCACCCAAGCCCGAAGAAGACAAGAAACCCGAAGAAAAGAAACCCGAAGAGAAGAAACCAGAUGAGGCAAAGCCCGAGGAGAAAAAACCAGACGAGAAAAAGCCUGAAGAAGAGAAACAAGAGCCAUGUCACUGUCAUCCACCAUGUCAUCAACCAUGCCAUCAACAACCAUGGCCUUAUGGAUACGGUAUGCCAUCAUCCUAUCAUCACCCAUGUAAUCCCUACGGGUACAAUGCUAGGGACUAUAUCGGGGAACCAGUCUAUAACCACGAGCCUAAUUGCACGAUCCUAUGAGAAGACUAUCGGAAGAGAUAACAGUUCUUUUUUUUUCUUCUAUACUAAAGUGUUUCAACAUGUUUAAUGCAUUUUAAUAGUCAGAUUUUUUUUCAAAUGAAUGAAAAGACUUUACUUGUACAUGCUCUUAUAACAUUGAAAAGCUUAAUCUCCUUAUCCAUAGUAACUUCCUUACAAGCAAUCAAUCUCUUAAUCAGAUGUUUCCUUUGCAUAACCGAGACACCAAAAGGGUUCUUCUUCCUACCACUCACUCACCUUUAACGACCUCUGCCCCGACCAGCACCACCACGGCCACGACCACCACGUCCACGGCCUCGUCCAACAGGCUUCCCUACAGACAAAAAGAAACAAAGAG